AUGUCCGGAAUCUUGAAUGAAGCUUUCACCCCAUGCCCCUUGAAGACACGAUCGCCUGGGUUUAGUGAACACAGCGGCAGCGAGAUCUUCGACAGCGUGUUUGAUGGCGACUCGCCCUUUGAGACCACGGAGCAGGUGGACUUCACCACCGAAGUACGAGCGCCGAUAUUGACCGGAGUCCGACCACGACGAGCCAAUCGAGCCGGUAAUACCUUCCAGAUUCACGACGACUUCGAAAAACCGACGAAUCCAGCAGAGAAACGCAGACGGCCAAACGCAACGACCAGGGCGCCUUCGGAGCGUAAAUUGUCCGUGCUUGCCCAACCAGCUCAGCGCUUCCGCCCGAAAGUGCACCUUACUCUGAGUGUCUCAUCCCGACCGGUGAAACGAGAGAUCGAUCCCCCACCAAAAGAGCCCAAGAUAUGCCCGAACCUGAGCGAUGAACCAUCACCCGCCACGCAGACCCGGAAUACUGCAUCAAGCCGUCCACAGAAUAUCCCAGAAGCAGAACUCAGGAAACAUGUACGACGCAAUACAGUUUACAUCCCUCCGGAUGAUACGACCGUGGCGAGUGUGUUCAUGGGCUUAUUUAGCCCGUUGAAAAAGUCGAAGGGAAACACAUCGGAUCAACUCGUAGAGGACACACAAGUGGAUGUGUUUGAAGCAAAGAUAAUCAAGCAACAAGCGAGAAAGUCCUUGGCAGUUUCAGCUCGCCGACCCCCGUUGCAGCCAAGUGCGAAAAUAGCCCAAGAAGCUGCCCAGAGGGUGGACGUUGCUGGAAAGAACGGCGGCAAAGAGAAUGUUCCCCCUGGUACUUUUGCUGAUAUUGAGAAGCAAAGCUUCGUCAUAUCGAAGCCCCUAUCGAAGCCCAAACGAAUCAGUUCCGUCUCUGCCUUCAAGCCUGCUCCUACAACGGUUGCCCAGCAGGUGAAGAAAUCCGACUAUAUCGAUUCAAACCCCACAAUCGUGGAGAAACAACCAACAAGACGAGAUGUAUUGGGUGAAAAGCAAAACAAUGUGAAGCUUUUCCCAGCCCCUACCCGUUUGGAGGGAAGUGCUCGUCCGCAACAGAGACCCCUAGCGAACCACUCGGCGUCACUAAAUGCUCGAGCAUCAGCUUUAUCAGAGCGCCUUUCCCGUUCGGAGUCUCUUCAUGCCUCACGUAUUGAGAGUGUCUCUGCAAAAUUGAAACAGCUAAACAAUCAAUUCCCAAUACUCACAGAGAAUAUUUCUAAGCCGGCUCUGUACGAAGAAAAUUGGCUUUCCCACCAGGAGACUGUGAUUUCACAACUGGUCAAUGCGUUGUUUGAAUGCUCAGAUAGAGAUUCGGAUACCUUCAACUCAAAUGAACUACGCCUAGAACUUCUUCAAAUUUACCAUACGGACUACUUCGCUCAACUACACCAGCGCCUACAGGCGUCUUUGUCAUGUGGAAUAUUGAGUAUCCCCAGAGACACACUGGUCCACGCCAACCGCCUCAAGCAAGAUGUUGGUCUGAAGCGGAAAUUUCUCGACAUCUGGAUUCAAUCAUAUGAUUUAUAUGCCCUGGCAGCAGCGGCAGAGACCGUUGUGGGCCGGAAGGUUUUCAGCAGCUCUGCCAUGACCGAGCAUGGCAGGGGGCCUUCAAUUGAGGACGCCGUUAAAUUUGAAAGAACCAUGACUCGCAAGUUGGAACGAUUUUUGGAUACAUUCUUGCUCCGCAAUGACGAUCUCGGUCCAUCGGGACCCAGCGCGAAGGAGACUUCUCCUGAAAUACAAGCCAAGAUUUAUCGUCGGACGGUACUUCGAAGCAUUUUGAUCGUUGUGCUUUUGGACCACGGAAAACAGUCUUCGGGCGUGAGUCUCCCGCGAAAACUUUUUCCAACCUAUUCUUCUCUGAAGUCAUCGGCGGAGGUCAUCCAGGCUCUGGCACGCCUACUCUUGCCUUCAUGUGGGGAUAUCAUAAAGCCACUUCUGCAUCUUGGUUGUCAACUGUCUUACAAGCAGCAUCUUCUUCAAGAAUAUGAUUACCAAAUGCACAACCUUGCUGUGGAUCUCAGAGAUGGUGUUCGCCUAACCAGAAUAGUUGAAGUUCUCUUCUUCACAUCGGCGCAUGUGCAGACCCUCGAAGACCAAACUGAAGUUACUCUCUCGACCGGAGAAUCCGUCUCGCUUCUUGGGAACGAAAAAGACUUACCUCUCUCCAAGCAUCUAAAGUAUCCCUGUGCCAGUCGAGUAGCGAAACUCCACAAUGUACGGGUUGCACUAUCUGCCCUGAAUACAGUCCAAGGCUCUGGUACCAUUGUUGGUAGUAUAAGACCUGAAGAUAUUGUGGAUGGGUACCGUGAAAAGACCAUUGCCCUCCUUUGGGCUCUUGUGAGCAAAUGGGGUCUUGUUGGUCUAGUCGAUUGGCAUGAUGUCGAUAAGGAGAUCAUGAGGCUAAAACGCAAGGCAGCUUUGGAGCUUGGAUAUGACCGUAUCAAGGAUGAUCCCUCAUUUACGUGUGAACACCUCCACGAUAAAGACAAGCACAUUAAAUCGCUCCAGCAAUGGGCUGGAAUCCUCGCUACUCUGAAUGGCCUUCAUAUCGACAAUAUGACAACCAGCUUUGCUGAUGGACAACUAUAUGGGAGCAUCGUCGACGAGUAUGAACCAUAUAUCACAGGAGGCAUUCGACCACAGAAUCUGCAGGGAGGCAAACAGUCUGUCUCAAUGACAUUAGAGUCUCGACUUCGAUUGUUGGGGUGCAGCUCGCAAUAUGCUUGCCUCGUCUCUCCGGGAAUAGAUUCGCCGCAUUUCCUUGACGAUGAUUUCACACUAGGAGCUCUCGCAUUCCUUUGUUCAAGGUUAUUAUCUGCUUCGAAACGCCCCCGCGCAGCCACAGUGCUGCAGCGAGCCUGGCGAGCUCACCUUGCCAAAAGAGACGAGAACCGCCGUGCGAUCGCACGCAAUCUUGCUGCACAUUGUGCAAUCGUUGUUCAAACAAGAAACGAGAUAUUGUGGGCAAAAGAGGUUAUCACGCGUUACUGGAGGAUGUAUCAGGCUCGCAAGCGACGACCAAAAGCCAUUCGAGCUCAGUCUUCACAUAUUGGUUAUCACCAGAGCCGGAAAAAUCCCAAACGCCGUCUUUGA